UUCUCUUGUUCUUUUUACUAAGUGACAUUAUGAGUGACAUUGACAUUGGAAAGCGAAUUUUCGUCAAAGGAUUUUCUCCGGAAACGACUGAAAACGAGCUCAGAUCUUAUUUUGAGAGAUUUGGCGCAGUCAAGGAAAGCAAAGUCGUUCGAGACCGUAACGGAUUUAGCAAAGGAUAUGCUUUCAUUACAUUCGAAUCGCAAGAAGUGGCUGAUAAAGUUCGCGACCAAGAGAGUCUUGAAUUUGAGGGUAAAAGCUUGAACAUUGGCAAAGCAGUCCGAAGAAAGAGCAAAAGAAGUUUUGGGAAGUACUAUUACCAUCGACAAGACGCGAAUGAUACCUCAAGUCAUGGCAGCUACUAUGCCACAUUUUCGACAUCCGAUGGAAGCAUGUACUAUUCUCAGAUGAAUCAACAGCCACACUUCGUUUUGGUCCCAGCAUAUUCCCCACAGAUGCACUACCAGUCGCAGAGUCCGUAUCCUCAGCCUUCCCAUUCAGCUUCUCAACCGAUCUACACUACAACAGCUGUAUUAGGAAACUCUUAUCUCCAGCCUACGCCAUAUUCAUUCUCCCCAGGACAUUCGUGGAAUGAAGUGGCAGCAGUUCCAGUGAACGCCGCGGUCGUACCAAAAGUCCAUCAUCAAUUCACCGCAGAUAACCAGACGGAAAUUGCUGUUGCUAGCACUCAUGCUCCACCAGCUCAAAUAGUUAGUUUGGCUAUCCCUGAAGGCAAUUAUAUGUCAGAUGUCGGAGCAGUUUCUGGCGUAGGAGAGUUGGUUUUUGAAAGUCCCAAAGGAAAGGCAGAAAACAAAGUACAGGCCAUAAAGUUUUUAAAGAAGCACGAACCAUCGAGUCCAGCCGCAAUGUCAGUUCCUCCAACCGCUACCAUUCAUGUUAUUAACGGACAGGUUCCUUCCACUCAGUAAAAUCAACAUUUGAAUACCAAUUCUAUUUACCAUAUUUUUCACUAAAUCUUUAGAUCAGCACAAACCUAACUUUAACGGUUCAGAAUUUUUAAUCAUGAUGUCGCGCCGAAAUUGCUAUUUUACAAUAUCUGCAGAGCCUAGAAGUUAUGUAAUCGACAACCCCGUAGCACUCAAGUAAAAAAACCAAUAUAGCACGAACGACUUUUAUCUUUUAUUUUUGACUCGUGGGAAUUAUCUUCGUCCCCUUAUUCCUUAUUGUAGUACUGAACCAAAACAGCCAGUGAGAUUGUAAGUUUGCAAAGCAAUGAAGCAAGACUUAAGUGUGUGUACAAUUCUACACUAAACUUUUAACUUGUUUUUGUAUUUAUGGGAAUGAUGCGAAGUUAUUAUUUAUGAAAAAUUUACUCACCAAUUAACUGUUAGCUGACUAAUAAGGGGAAAGAAAAUAUAAGUGAUGCCUAGUUAUCUUACUUUAUGUCCAAGCACAAAUAUCAGCUCUUUUAUUAUCUUACCAACAAAAAUGCUUUCGUUAACUAUUUCAAACCGAAUUUCAACAUGUAUUUAAUUUUUAUGAAAACUUACAGCAGAAAUCAGCAUGGCAGUCUUUACUGUUUAGCGUACGUGGAUUAUGUUUUCAACAUUUUGUCUCAGUUUUAUGAGAUGAAUCAUCAGCAAUACUGAAAGGGAUGUCUUACAUACAAUUAAAUCACUAGCCCAAAUAAGUUUCUGACAAACAACCUUUAACAAAUGAAUCUGUAGACAGGUCAACCCAACCUGAUGUAAUUUCAUUUAUGAUAUUUAGCACUGCAGCAUCAAUUGUAACAUUUAUUUCAUCAUGAACUGAAUUGUCAGCUAGUUCCCACUGGGAUUUAUCAGCUGCAAACUCCAAGGCAUCUAAUAAUUUUUGUAAUGAUCUUUCUAUAUUUUAUUAACUUGUUUAGUGCU